AUGUCUAGUAAUACACAACCAACUUUAUGGAAAACGGAACACACAGUGCCAGGAAGGCCUGUUUUUGGUGCUCAACAUCCGCCACUUUCAUCGAAACUUUUGAACAAAAAACCAAUUGCUAUGAAUACAAUAAUUUCAAAGAAAAAAGAUCAAGAAAAAUUUCAUGAAUAUGCAAUAAAUACAGAUGAUGCAUGGGAAAUAGAUGAUCGAGUAAUGACUUUGAAAAUGCUCGAUAAUGAUAGUAAGAAUGGACAUGAUAAUGACUAUCCAACACAACUAUUAGGCAUUUCAAAACAGACGGUCGAUGAAGUUGCAUCAAGAGUUAUACAAGAACAUAAAUCGAAAAGUCAAUCAAAUAAGCUUACAAUCGAUGCAUCAGCGGUUCGAAGACCAGUUCUAGCAUCACACACAAGCUCAACUACAUGCCCUGGUAUUGGACGACGAAUUGGUGAUUAUCCAAAUAUAAAACCCUUAGUACCAAUUCGAUAUGCAAAUAAUGAUGAUCAUAAUAAUAAUAAUAAUAAUAAUCAUUCAAACUCUACUUUGACUAAAAUUAUUAAAACUAAUUCAAGACCAAAUCUAAUAACAAAACUUGAUAUUGACAUUCAAAAGGAAAAUAAAUUUAAACCAAUUUUCGAACAAACCAAUAUUGAUCUCAACGAACUCCGCAAAGCAAGUUGGAACGGUAUUCCUAAACAAUACCGAGCACAAGCAUGGAAAUUACUUUGCGGUUAUUUACCACCAAAAAUUGAACGACGUGAAGAUACUUUAACAAGAAAACGUGAUGAAUAUUGGUCCUAUGUUAGCCAAUAUUAUCAUACACGUACUGAAAGUGAACAUCAAGAUACAUUUCGACAGAUUCACAUAGACAUUCCACGAAUGAAUCCAUUAAUGCCAAUAUUUCAACAAAUUGUUGUACAAGAACUAUUCGAACGGAUUUUAUUUAUAUGGGCAAUUCGUCAUCCAGCUAGUGGUUAUGUUCAAGGUAUCAAUGACCUUGUUACACCAUUUUUUGUUGUUUUUCUUUCUGAAUUUAUUGAAAAUGAUGUCGAAAUUGAAAAUUUUGAUAUUAGCUCAUUACCGGAGGCAAAUCGAAAAAUUAUCGAAGCUGACAGUUAUUGGGCCACAUCACAUUUACUUGAAGGCAUUCAAGAUAAUUAUACAUUUGCUCAACCCGGUAUACAAUAUAAAGUUCGAACACUUGAAGAACUUGUUAAACGCAUUGAUGAACCAUUAUAUCGACAUUUAAAAAAUCAACAUAUUGAAUUUCUACAAUUUGCUUUUCGUUGGAUGAAUAAUUUACUUAUGCGAGAGUUACCCGUACGUUGUACGAUUCGUCUAUGGGAUACAUAUCUUUCUGAACAAAACGGAUUUUCUCAAUUUCAUUUGUAUAUAUGUGCAUCAUUUCUUGUUCGUUUUUCAAAGGACCUCUUACGUGAAAAAGAUUUUCAAGGUAUAUUACUACUUCUUCAAAAUCUGCCGACACAUUCAUGGACAAGUAAUGAUAUAAACUAUAACCUAUUUUUUGUGAUUAUUAAUUUUAACGACAAAUCAACGAAACUAAUUUUACGAUGUCGACAAUAG